ACACUCACGGCUACUACCCUGAAGUGCUCAUUAUGUUUUGACUUCCUUUUAUCGGUGCAGGUUUCUGCCAGUGAAUCAGUCUGUUCGUGGACACAGACCAGGAACUGUGGCAGAAGACACAAGCAAAGCAGUCAAAGCAGAGAGUGCUCAGACAUAUUGGUGUAUGAUAUCUCCAAGUAUUUUCCUCACCUGUUCUGCAACCCUACCUGCUACACAGAGUGAGCUGUGGACAGUCCUUCCUCACACAGCCCCAAGAUGUGGUGCCUCCUCCUGCUGCUCUGCUCCCAAGCAAUUGCCUUUUUGGCAGGAUUCACAACAUCCUCCACUCUGAAUCAAGACAAAAGCCAGUACAAGAAGACUCGCAACCCUGAAUGCUUUAUGAAUGUUAGUGAAAUUAUCAGAUAUCACGGAUAUCCCAGUGAGGAAUAUCAAGUUACCACAGAGGAUGGAUACAUUCUUGGUGUUUUCAGAAUUCCUGCUGGGAGGAACAGCCAAAAUACAGGGCAAAAGCCUGUAGUUUUCCUACAGCAUGCUUUUCUAGGAGAUGCUACCCACUGGAUUUCUAACCUACCCAGCAACAGCUUGGGCUUCCUCCUCGCAGAUGCCGGCUACGAUGUCUGGAUGGGAAACAGCAGAGGGAACACUUGGUCUUUGAAACACAGGACCCUUAAUCCCAGCCAGAAAGCAUUCUGGCAGUUCAGCUUUGAUGAAAUGGGUAAAUACGAUAUUCCAGCAGAGCUGUACUUCAUAAUGAAUAAAACUGGACAGAAGGAUGUCUACUAUGUUGCUCACUCUGAAGGCACAACAGCAGGCUUCAUAGCAUUUUCUACAUACCCUGAGCUGGCUAAAAGGGUGAAAAUGUUCUGUGCUCUGGGCCCAGUAACCACAUGCUCACAUGCUACAAGCCCUCUGGUUAAGAUAGCAAAAGCUCCUGAACCACUGCUCAGGUUUUUAUUUGGCCACAAAGGAGCCUUUCACCAAAUCGAAUCCUUGAAAGGACCUGUGACACAGUUAUGUGCAAACCUGGAUAAGCUUUGUGGACACAUACUCCGUUACAUAGCUGGAGGCAACGUAAAAAAUCUGAACACGAGUCGAAUGGAUGUAUAUGUGGGACAUUCCCCUGCUGGAACAUCAGUACAGAAUAUUAUUCAUUGGCAUCAGAUAAUAUAUGGAGACCGAUUUCAAGCUUAUGACUAUGGCUCUAAGGAAAACACAAAGAAAUACAACCAGUCCUUUCCUCCUGCGUACAAGAUAGAGAAGAUAGGCAUACCAAUUGCUGUUUGGAGUGGUGGAAAAGACACAUUUGCAGACCCAAAAGACAUGGCAAAGCUACUUCCUCGGAUUACUAAUCUCAUUUACCAUGAGCAUUUUCCUACUUGGGGACAUCUUGACUUCAUCUGGGGCCUUGAUGCAACUGAGAGAAUGUAUUGGAAAAUCAUUGAACUAAUAAGGAAAUACUUUUGAAACCAUAUGCAGAGUGUUAAUUCAUUCAAUAAAAACUUUCAAAAUUGUGA